CUUGACCGACCGACGAUGCAGCUGCGGCGGUUGCUCUCUUGCCCCUCAGCCGCUUCCUUGGUGGCGGCGCUAGUGCUGCUGUGCGAGGCUCCGCCGGGGGCCCUGCCCUCUGUCAUCCCUACGAAAGAUUGUGGAACAAGGCCUAUUGUGGAUGAGAUACCAGCAGGGUCUCGGAUUGUAGGUGGACAUGAUGCUCAACUUGGAGCAUGGCCUUGGCAAGUCAGUCUUCAAGUUUUCCACUUUGGCAUAGGAUAUCAGCAUAUGUGUGGUGGAUCUUUAAUUAACCACAACUCAGUGCUGACAGCAGCACACUGCAUUAAAGAGUGGACGUUCCCCGAGUUUUGGAGGGCUGUGAUGGGACUGCAUCAUCUUUAUAGGUACCAGCGUUAUACUGUGAAGAGCCGGAUCAGGGCUAUCAGUAUGCACUCCGAUUUCCGGAAGAAAACCUUUGAAAAUGACCUUGCCUUGUUUAAAUUAAUGGACUCUAUCAAAUUCAAUGAUUAUAUUCAGCCCAUCUGCUUACCUGAGGCUCCGCUUCUUAUGACCAAUGAGACUUUAUGUUAUAUAAGUGGUUGGGGGGAAACGCUGCAGAGAGGUGGAAAAAGACGUAUAUUACAAGAAGCCGAAGUAGACAUUAUUCCAAUGCAGCUCUGCAAUAGGGAUGACUGGUAUGGAGGGGCACUCAAAAAAGAAGACAUGCUUUGUGCUGGCUCUGAAAGUGGAGGUGUUGACACUUGUCAGGGAGACAGUGGUGGACCACUUAUGUGCUAUUUUCCAGAUGCCACCAAAUAUUACCUGAUAGGAGUCACGAGCUUUGGCCUUGGCUGUGGCCGACCAACAUUUCCAGGAGUCUAUAUACGUACAGCUCGUUUCAGGAGCUGGAUACAAUCACAAGCUAUUUUAUUUGACAAAACCAUCACUAUGACCAUGCCAUGUAUUCUCAUCUUUUUAACUGUGGGAUGGGUAAUCAUCCACAGUGUUCUAUAAAGAAGCAAAUUAUCUUAUUG